CCUCACUGCUGACUAACCUGCCGUCUCCCUCUCACCUCCCCAGGGCCGACGAAAUUGAAAUGAUCAUGACGGACCUUGAAAGAGCAAACCAGAGGGCAGAGGUGGCUCAGAGAGAGGCGGAGACCUUGAGGGAGCAGCUCUUGUCGGCCAACCACUCUCUCCAGCUGGCCUCCCAGAUCCAGAAGGCGCCGGACGUGGAGCAGGCCAUAGAGGUCCUCACCCGCUCCAGCCUGGAAGUUGAGUUGGCCGCCAAAGAGCGGGAGAUCGCACAGCUGGUGGAGGACGUGCAGAGACUCCAGGCCAGCCUCAGCAAGCUGCGCGAGAACUCGGCCAGCCAGAUCUCCCAGCUCGAGCAGCAACUGAGUGCCAAGAACAGCACCCUCAAACAACUGGAAGAAAAACUCAAAGGACAGGCUGACUAUGAAGAGGUGAAGAAAGAGCUAAACAUCCUGAAGUCCAUGGAGUUUGCUGCGGCCGAGGGAGCUGGGACGCAGGACUCAUCCAGGCCCCUGGAGGUACUGCUGCUGGAGAAGAACCGCUCGCUGCAGUCCGAGAACGCCGCGCUGCGCAUCUCCAACAGCGACCUGAGUGGGUCAGCCAGGAGAAAAGGGAAAGACCAGCCUGAGAGUCGGCGUCCUGGACCUUUGCCGGCCUCCCCUCCUUCUCAGUUGCCCCGCAACACGGGGGAGCAGGCUUCCAAUACUAAUGGUACACACCAGUUCUCACCAGCGGGGUUAACGCAAGACUUUUUCAGCUCAUCCCUGGCAAGCCCCAGCCUGCCCCUGGCUUCUACGGGAAAAUUUGCACUAAACUCUCUCCUCCAACGACAGCUAAUGCAGUCCUUCUACUCCAAGGCCAUGCAGGAAGCAGGAAGCACAAGCAUGAUUUUUUCAACAGGUCCAUACAGCACAAACUCCAUAUCUUCCCAAAGUCCAUUACAACAAAGCCCAGAUGUAAAUGGCAUGGCCCCGUCUCCCAGCCAGUCAGAAAGUGCUGGGAGCAUCUCCGAGGGCGAGGAGAUAGACACUGCAGAAAUCGCCCGGCAGGUGAAAGAGCAGCUGAUCAAGCACAAUAUCGGACAGCGCAUUUUCGGACACUAUGUCUUGGGACUGUCUCAAGGGUCCGUGAGCGAGAUUCUGGCCCGGCCCAAGCCGUGGAAUAAACUGACGGUUCGCGGCAAGGAGCCGUUUCACAAGAUGAAGCAGUUCCUCUCGGAUGAGCAGAACAUCCUGGCUCUUCGCAGCAUCCAAGGCAGACAAAGAGAGAAUCCAGGCCAGAGCCUGAACAGACUAUUUCAGGAAGUACCGAAACGAAGAAAUGGGUCUGAAGGUAACAUCACCACCCGGAUCCGAGCCUCAGAGACCGGGUCCGAUGAAGCAAUCAAGUCCAUCCUGGAACAAGCCAAAAGGGAGCUGCAAGUACAGAAAACCGAGCCGGCCCAGCCUUCCUCGGCGUCCAGCGGCGGGAACUCCGACGACGCCAUCCGCUCCAUCCUGCAGCAGGCCCGCCGCGAGAUGGAGGCCCAGCAGGCCGCCCUCGACCCCGCCUUAAAGCCAGCGCCGCUGUCCCAGACGGACAUCGCCAUCCUGACCCCCAAGCUAAUGCCCCCCUCGCCCAUGUCGUCGGUGUCCGGUUACUCUCCAUUAGCCGUCUCCCUGAAGAAGCCCCCCUCGGCUCCCGACUCCAGCGCCCCCACUCUGCCCAACCCCCCGGCCCUGAAGAAGGAGUCCCAGGACGUGCCCGGGCCAGACCUCCCGGGGGCGGCCGACUCCGCACAGGGGGUCCUCAGACACGUGAAGAGCGAGCUGGGCCGCAGCGGCGUGUGGAAAGACCACUGGUGGAGCGCCGUCCAGCCCGAGAGGAAGAGCAGCGCUCCCCCCGAAGACCCCAAGGCUGAAGAACCCAGCGGCGGGAAAGAAAAAGGCGGCGGCGGCAGUGGCGGGCAGGCGCGGGCCGAGCGCGGCCAGCUCCAGGGCCCCUCCUCGUCAGAGUACUGGAAGGACUGGCCCAGCGCCGAGUCGCCGUACUCCCAGAGCUCAGAGCUGAGCCUCACCGGAGCCAGCCGCAGCGAGACACCCCAGAACAGCCCUCUGCCCUCUUCCCCCAUCGUGCCCUUGUCGAAGCCCGCCAAGCCCUCGGUCCCUCCGCUGACCCCCGAGCAGUACGAGAUCUACAUGUACCAGGAGGUGGACACCAUCGAGCUCACCCGGCAGGUGAAGGAGAAGCUGGCCAAGAACGGCAUCUGUCAGAGGAUCUUCGGGGAGAAGCCAAGUGGAGCCCAGAGGCGCCUCUGCAGGCUGUUUCAGCCCAAAGGAUCUGAUCUGAUCACAGAGAGAGACGACCAGCGUGCAGAGAACCAGAAGGCACUCGAUAGAAACAGCAAAAUGUAAAGCAUAGUUGUACCUCUCUCAUCAUUCAGAGCGCGCUUGGGGCGCCAGAGGGCUGAAGCAACCUGCCCGGGGGUGCACAGCUAGAGGUGGCACGGGCAGAGCUGCACAGAGCCCAGGCUGUGCCCGGGACUGGCCCCGAAGACCCCUGUUUCCACAUCGUCCUUCCCUGGCUCAUGAAAGGCCAUGGUUUGUGGAUGAGCUACCAGACCCUUUCUGUUCCUGGCACUUCCCUGGUCACUGAGAUUCUGGAUAAUGGGGAUUUACCAGGCCUGCAAAAUAUAAGAUAAACAUAAUACCCCAGGAGAGUCUUAGAUUAAACAAUGAAUUGCUGAGCAUAAUGAGAAGCGCUCCAGUCCCCUAAAAGACAGCCUCCCCGGGACUUCCCUGGUGGCGCAGUGGUUGAGAAUCCGCCUGCCAGUGCGGGGGACACGGGUUCAAGCCCUGGUCCGGGAAGAUCCCAUAUGCCACGGGGCAGCUAAGCCCGUGUGCCACAGCUGCUGAACCUGCGCUCUAGAGCCCAUGAGACACAACUACUGAAGCCUCCGCGCCUAGAGCCCGCGCUCCACAGCAAGGGAAGCCACCGCAGUGAGAAGCCAGCGCACCGCCAGGAAAGAGUAGCCCCCGCUCGCCGCAACUAGAGAAAGCCCUCGUGCAGCAACGAAGACCCAAGGCAGCCAAAAAAAAAAAAAAAAAAAAAAAAAAAGACAGCCUCCCCAAGGGCCACGUGGCUGGGUCAGCAGCGUCCUGCCCCGCAACUUCCUACCCACCUUACCAGGUCCUGCCUUGAGCUCAGCGUUUGCGACGUACUGUGCUAGGAAUCCUUGAAAUAACGGUUGUGAGCUCUUU